UGGCGCUGGCGGGGCGGCGCAAGCGCAAUAGAUCGCAGUGCGGCCGGCACGUCGGCGCCGAUAUGCUGUGUCCCGCGCGGUGUUCGUGCUUCCUCUGCCGCGAGCUGCAGUCCUGCCGUGCUGCGGACGCCAGGAAACCUCCCAACAAAAUGUGUGACAACUUCAUUCUAAAAAAAGCGGAGGCCUGGGAACCUAUGAAGUUCAUCCGCGGAGCCGCCAGACUCUCAGUAAGACACUGGCAAAAUAGAGAGCCAGCAAACCCAACAAAGAAUCGCAUUACUACGCACAAGUCCACCAGCUGUGAGCAACUGUGCCCGCACCCCUCCGAGGAGACCACCGACCUACCCGGCUUGCGCCGCGCCCCUAGCACAGACAGAAUGAAACCUGAAAGUAAACCAUUGUUCAAAAUCCUAGGCAAUUCACGUCUGAAAAAAAAUAACGACAGUGACAUUCAAAAAUCGGAAUCCAAAGUACGUCGUAGCGUUCUGAAUUUCAGAAAGAAUGAGACACCCAAUGCCAAAUAUAUACAUGAAAAGUAUAUUCCGUUACCACAGAGUUCACCUCCAGAUGACCACAUAUAUAGUGAACCCAGAUCUUGGGGUGCACAGUAUGAUGAUUGUUGCCGCCCUCCUGUUUACCAAAGUGUUGAGAAGAAGAAAGACGACACUAAAAAGGGAUCAAUGUCUGACAACAAGAUAUAUACCAACCGUCCGCCUUGCUACGAAGAACUUACUCAAAGGUUAUCACAGGAGAAAAUCAAAAAAGGCAACUUACCUAUUUCUGAAAAUAGUCUUGCUAACAAAAUAACACAGAACAAUAACAAAGUAGUUAUUUACUUUGGUGAUUCUAUUAUUCGGAAACACAGUGAACAGAAAAAAGAAGAAACUAAACAAAAGGAUGAAGUCCCUCCGAAAGAAGAAGCUAUUUACGCAAAUCGCCUUUUAGAUGAAACUGGGAACUUGGGCAUUAGUAGUAGAGAAGAGGACAAAGGCGGAACGCAACUAGUGUCUGAAGUAGAGGUUCCUGAAGCAAUUUAUGCUGAAGUGAAAUCCGAAGAUACUAAAGAAACUUCUGAAGUGGUAACCAUCAAUGAUACUACUUAUAAAAAAGAUAUGUUCGGUACUAUGAGUACUGACGGAUAUUUGGUAGUGGAGUUUGAGGGGAAUUUCCAGAGAGCGUGUCAAUUGGUGGAGCAGGUGCAUUCGGUAGGCGGCACCGAUCAUCAUGAAGCCACAGUUUUGGAUGAGGACGAUCACUGCGAUUGGAGCUUCAUACAAGACUGGAGGAAACGGCCAUCGAGCGGUUGCCGGCCGUCCGAAGAGGCGGCGUGGUGUGGCGGUGUGUCAGGUGCGCGGGCGCUGCGCGUGCGCGUGUCCUCAGCAGCAGCCGCACCAGCGCCCGCGCACGCACGCCGUUUGUCUCCGCCGCCGCACGCACACCGCGCCACCACGCCACCUAGGCCCAGCUCGCCGAGUAAUAAACCCCAUGAAGAGCUCCCACCGUCUUCAACGGACACGCCUGGUACGGCUCAACUGAAGCCGGUAAUUGCGGUGUCGCAGCUGACUGUGGCCAGCGCGCCGGUGCGGAGUGCGCCGGCACAGAGCAGUUAUGCACUGGAGCGGCGCACGCCAAAACACGAUCACCACCAUCGCCCUGUCGAGACUGUUCAACCAGUUCAGAAUGGCGUUCGCGAUUGCAACAGCAGCUCAGACGAGAAUCGAUCAUCGGGACAUGCCUCCAUGUCAGACAGCGGCGGGGCAGGGGAAGCCGGUAGAGAGGAACCUAGAAGGUCAAGGCAACCGCCUCACAAUAGGACCAAACACCGACCACAUAAUAAGUCUCUCUCGUUCCCGCAACUGCAGUCGCCGUGGCCUGGCGGCGGGGGACUGGAGGACAUUAGGUCGGCAAUCAAGCAGCUCACGCUUCGCUCCCGGGACAGUAGCAGUACAGCUACAAGUGGCGCUUCUAGUGCUGGAGGAGGCAGUAACAAUGGUGCUCCAGAGACGGGAAGUGCAGCCGAAGCUAGAAGAAGACGAGCUCCGUUAGUUCGACAGCCGUCGUUGGACACUGUUUGUACAAAUGUAACCAGUGCUGACGAAUUUGUCUGGGUAGAUUCCCAUAAUAGAUUGGUGGAGCUGCGAUGUGUUCCAUGGACUGCAAGUGAAAUCAGUCGUGCUAUACAAAUAGGAAGGUGUAAAGAAAUCGCACCAAAAAUGGCCCCUGAUGCACCAUCGAGACUUGCUUAUUUGCUGCAAAGGGCACUAGUGCGAAUAGCCCGAGAGGCUCAACGUCUGUCGCAGAACUUCGGCUUUUGUUCCAAGCACGAAGUGGCAGGCGCUUUCAGAAUUGUUUUAAGCACUCCACUUGCUGAUGCUUGUAUAAAGGGAUGCCAGCGUGCAGCGACAAUGUACGCAACCUCAGGGAGUGCAGCAAGAAGAUUGGGUUCAGCAGCACGAGCACGAACAAAUUUAGCUCCAGGUAGAUUUCAGAGGUGGAUGCUCGACGUCCGCGUGGCUUCUUUUGUUCACGAAUACGCAGCAAUCUACCUAUGCGCGGGAAUGGAGACCCUAUUGGAAGAGAUUACCUUAAUCGCUGGAAGCAGUACACCGAGUGGACCAAUAACCCCGGCUGUUAUCGACUUAGCUGUUGCUAACUGUGCUGAUCUUUGGGGCCUACUUCAACCUUAUAGCCAUUUGAACGCUGGCAGAGUAGCUUCAGGAGCAUUAUCGCUUUCUCGAUGGGAGUCAAUGAGCUCGCUAGGAUCCGGUUCAUCAUCAGGAGUUUCUAGGCCAGAGCAUAGACAGUUAGGACUUAGUCAUGAUUCAGGGAUCACAACGAACGGCUCUGGUGGUUCGGGGACAUCAGCAGGUUCAAACAACAGCUCAGGUGGAUCUAAUGCCUCAGUCUUAUUGACCACCUGCGCAGGUUCAGCAGCUGAACUACGUUGUGUAUUGCGUAGAGUCAAUCCACGACAUCCACCACUCUCACCGUCUGCAGAACGUGCUCUGUACUACUUUAUGCGGUGUGAACAACUGGAACACAAUACCAGCACAUCAGGGAGCUGUGUAAACGGAGCAGGACUGUGGGGCGAGAGAGGCGCGGGUGCUUUACCGCCUCUUGGCGAAUGGGUGCGAGUGAUCAGGGCACACGCAAACCUGAGACCCCCGCCAGCCGUGCCUGACGCUGAUGACGUUUUACAAUCUGCUAGACUUUUGCUACCACAUGCAGAUUGCCCACCGAGACCUGUAUCGUUGGAAGAAGCAAUUGAACCAGCGUGGUCUCGAUGCACAAGAAAUCCAGAUGAACUAAGUCGAGCGGCUCUUGGCCUAGCCCAGAGAGCUCUGCUCAGUGGAAGACCGGAAUUUGUUGGCGGAGUCAGGGCUCUGCUGCCACCAGCAGGCCUUGACGCAGCAGACGCUUCCGGGCUUACGGCGCUCAUGAAAGCGGCGUUAGCUGGUGACGAUCAAAUUGUUGCUAUGUUACUAGAAGCAGGAGCAGAUCCGAACAUUGAAACCCCCGGCGCAGCAGCUCAGCACAGCGCACUUUUAUCACCGCGAUCGCCGUCACACUCGCCACAAAACCAACAAACAACGCCUGCUUACACUCCCCCGACAGCUGGCUGGACAGCUUUAGUAUACGCGUGUGCGGGGGCAGGCAGCGGUGCAGGGGCUGCAGGAGGCGGGGCUACAGCGGCAGGAGCCAUCGAGUGCGGUCGAAGACUGUUGGCGGCCGGCGCCCGGGUAGACGGCGCUCCGGCCAGGGGAGAUGAUGUUUGCACUCUGACGCCUCUGCAGGUGGCCUGCGGCGUAGGUAACCUGGAACUGGUGCAGUUGCUGCUGUCGCACGGCGCGGACCCGUUCCUAUCGACGCAACUCAACGACGCCCUCUGUUAUUCCGCCGCUGCACAGUACGGCUGCUACAGCGCGGUGGCCGUGUGCUGCACGCACGGGCGGCGCGCGUGCCUGCGCGCGGCGGUGCGCGGCGGCGCCAAGGGCGCGGGCGCCGGCGCCGUGCUGUCGCUGGAGGAGGUGCUGGCCGAGGGCGCGCCGGGCGCCGCCAAGGGGGGCCGGCCGCCGGCCUUCACCAAGCAGCAGCAGCGCGCCUUGCAGGACGCCAUGUACUACGCCGCCGAGACCGACCAUUUAGAUAUAACAUUAGAACUACGUGCACUGGGUGUACCGUGGUCUCUACACGCUUGGACCUUGUCCUUAGCAGCAGCCGCUGACGCAGCAUUGGACCACGUUAUCGACCAACUCUUACAAGAUUUCUUGCAGGUGUGUCCGUCAGACGACAGUCAUUACAGUAAGCAGUUCAUCUACGAGUGUCUCCCCCUGCUGUUUAACAUUUUACGCUACAGCAAGAAGGAGGGCACUGUCUUACUCCUAGCAGACAUCUUAUGCGCAUGCUAUGGGUGGGAGCCCGUGCCUGGUGUGGUGGAACCGCCACCUUCAUCCGCGCCUACACCAGCAAGGGUUGACCCGUCAUAUGUCAACAAUCCUUCGCUUGCAGACGUCACAUUUAGGGUGGAAGGGCGACUGUUCUACGGGCACAAGAUUGUACUCGUGUCGGAAUCCCCGCGACUGCGAGCCAUGUUAGCGCCUGCUAGGACACCGAAUGAAAGCUUGCCGGCUGCCAGUUCCGCGCCGCCGCUUGUGCAGAUUAAUGACAUCAGAUAUCACAUAUUUGAGCAAGUAAUGAAGUAUCUCUAUUCCGGUGAUUGCUCAAAUCUCAACAUUCCGGAGAGUGAUGUGCUGGAAGUGCUGGCAGCUGCGUCCUUCUUCCAGCUGUUGCCUCUGCAGAGACACUGCGAGGCACGAGCGGCGAAGACUGUGGAUUUGCAUAACCUGGUGUCUGUGUACAUCCAUGCUAAAGUAUACGGUGCGACUCAGCUCCUGGAGUACUGCCAAGGGUUCCUUCUACAAAACAUGGUGGCUCUUCUAACUUACGAUGAUUCAGUGAAACGUCUGCUCUUUGGCAAACGUCUUCCUGGCCACAACGUCUUAGGUGCACUGCUGACAACGCUGCAGAAGCGGAUCGAAGCAAGAAAAAGCCAAGCUAAGACUAGGUAGCAGAAAAACAUACAAAUUAUUCAUCAUAUAGUUUGUUAUCACCUAUUAAAAAACUAUACGGAAAAAUGUUAUACUGGCAAUUAUAUUUAAAUGUAAACUUAGAGAUUUAAAAUUUAAAAAAUAGUAACUAUAAGCCACUGUAUCAUGUACUAUGCUAUGACUAUUUAUUUAAUAAAUGUUGAUGUGUUUGAAAACUAUAAUAAAACUAUACU